CACUUGCUCCAGACUCUUCUGCUCCAUUUUGUUUUUGAAAACAAAGAGAGUUAACAUACUUUAACACAGUCCCUGAAGGAUUUGAGUUUGUUUAAAAAAAAAAAAAUUAUCAUCUUUUGUGAAGUUAUGGAGAACUUGUUGCUUGGCCAGGUUAAAAAGCAGGCGUCAUCUUUUCUACAAGAGAAGUACAAAGCUGCUAGGCUGGCCUUAACUGAUGUUACUCAAGCAGAACUCUUGGCAGAGGAUGUGACGAACAAUGAUCCGUCGAGCCCGGAUGCGAGAUCCAUGACUCAAAUUGCCGAGGCAUCGUAUGAUAUAGACGACUACUUGAGGGUCGCUGAUGUUCUGCAUAAAAGGUUGCAGAACAUUGAUUGGAAGCAGUGGAGGCAAUCCUACAAAACUCUGGUCCUCCUCAACUUCUUGCUAACACAUGGUCCUGAGGAAUUUGCGGAGGAGUUUGAAGGUGACGUGGCCAUCAUCGAGGCGCUCGGCAGCUUUCAACAUGUUGAUGAAAAAGGAUUCAACUGGGGCGUCAACAUGCACAAGAAAGCUGAGCAAAUACUAAAACUUCUGGGAGACCGAGAAACGCUCAAGGAAGCCCGUCUGAAAGCUCUGAAAAUAACGAAAGAAAUACAAGGGUUUGGGAGUUACACGUCGUCUCCAUCAUCAGAGUCUUCGUGUUCUAUUUCUGAAACGUUAAGGACGUCGUCCUUCGGCUCUAGCUCAACAAGUUCCACCUGGCGUGAGGCCAAUGAUCCAUACAGGCUCCACCAAUUUUCCCUGAGAAAGGAAUUUGGAGAGAGCUUUUCUCCAGGAAGAAUAAAUCGCGUCGAUACUAGUGAUUUAACGUCUAAAACUGAGAACCGCUCACACCGGUGGGAUCACCACACAACCAAAGAAAUAGGGUCCUUGCUCAAUCCAGAAGACCAUCACCCUGAGCAGAAAAAUGGCCUGGUGAGCGGAAUUUGCUCGAAGCUGGCAGCAUUGAGUCCUAGGAAGGGAAAGGGUACUGAAAGGAUUGCAUUCAGGAGUUUGUCCGAUGCAGGAAAGGCGAUGAGGAAGAACUUCGAACGACAAUUUUCGAUAGGAUAUUGAGCAUGAU